AUGGCCGACGGCAAGAAGAAGGUAAUACAUGUUUUAUACUUUUUAUGUUUUAGUCUAAGGAAUUCGACUUUUCUAGGUAUCCCGAGCGUCGAAUUGCUUUACUUUUCCUCUACUUUGGUUGGGAACAUGAUGGGCUUGUCACGCAACCUAAUAUGCCGAAUACAGUGGAGGAGGUAACCAUAUAACUAUUUGUGUAUUUUAUAGUUUAGGUACUCUUGAAUGCCCUCAUCCGAACCAAAUUAAUCAGAAGUCGUGAUUGCGGCUUGAAUAGGUGCGGUCGAACAGACAAAGGGGUUUCCGGUUUUCGACAAGUCUGCAGUUUAAUUGUCAGGUAGUUCUAAAUUGUUCUCCUUAUAUUACUUUAGGUCUACAGAUAUUAAUGGAGAAGGUCUUUAUUGGAAAGAAGAGUCUGCAAGAAUGCCAAGAAUAGUAUCAACAAAGGAAUUGGACUAUGUGAAAAUUCUAAAUGCAGUAUUGCCAGCUUCAAUACGGGUGCUGGCAUGGUCGCCUUGUUUAAUGGAUUUUAACGCAAGGUUUAAUUGCUCCAAAAGAUAUUACACUUACGUCUUCCCGAAGAACGGCUUUGAUAUUGAGGUGAGCUUUGUACAACAAUCUUUUAGACGCCUUCUACAGAAAAUGAAGAUUGCUGCUUCUUACCUCGUCGGCUCCCAUGAUUUUCGGAAUUUCUGCCGGAUUGAUAACAAUAAAGCCCGUCUCGAGACCAGUUAUGUCCGAGAAAUCUUUGAGAUGGAUAUCAAGGCGAUUUGGUGAGUAUUCUGAAAUGAGUUAAUAUUUAUUUAGUGGGGAACCCGAUGGCCCGUAUAAGAUGUACCAACUCUCGGUAUCCGGCUCCGGUUUCCUCUGGCAUAUGGUUCGAUGUGUUGUUGGGGUUUUAUUUGAAGUCGGAUUGCAACAUGAAGAGCCUUCGGUAAGCGUUUACAUGCUUGUUUACUUGUAUAUUUAGGUUGUCAAAGAGCUGUUGGAUAUUGAGAAUUGCUCGGCUCGUCCUCAAUACCAACUGGCUAAAGAUACUCCACUUUGCUUCUUUGAUUGUAAUUAUAAUCAACCACUCGAAUGGAAGUUUGAUGUAGAAGCACUAAGAAAAGUAUUUUGUUCAUUGGAGAAGAGUUGGAUUGAUCUCAAAGUGAAAUGCGACAUGAUAAGAGCCAUGAUGAAUGAAAUUAGUGGAAUGAUCCCCGAUGGAAAUCACAAUGCUAUGGAGGAAUACAUCAGAGAUGCUCCAAUCCCCAAGGUAAAAUUGAUUUAGUCGCUUUAUUUUUCCAGAAAGUGGUACCAAUGAUGAAACGUCCGAGAUGCGAGAGCUUGGCGGCCAGGAAGGAGAAGAUGGAUAACAAAAAAUCUAAAAUGGGUCUCGAGUAG